AUGGAGAUGCUGAGGCGGAACCUCAAGCGGCAGGCCUCGCGCUCUCUCUCCGCGUUCGCCGCCGCCGACGACCAGGAGAAUCUCCACCCCAACCUCGCCGCCGCCGAGCCGCCCAUGUCCCCGCCCAACAAAUCCAAGCCAACCGCAUCAGCGGCUGUUCCACCACCGCCAGAGGCCGCCGACCAGAACCGCGCCGCGCCCGCUCGUGCGCCAGCCGACCACGAACCACCCGUCAAGGUCGUGGUGCGGGUGCGGCCGGCGGUCAGCCUGCCGGUCGACGGCAAGGAUCUCUUCUUCGUGCGCAAGACCUCCCCGACCUCCGUAGCUGUUGGCGACCGGGCCUUCGCUGUCGACGGUUUCCUCGACGACAGGGCCUCCCAGGAGGAUGCGUUCAAUCUGGUGGGUCUGCCCAUGAUCGACAGCGCCCUUGCUGGAGUCAACACCUCACUCGUGUGCUAUGGCCAGAGUGGCACAGGGAAGACAUACACCAUGUGGGGCCCACUCGCUGCCAUGUUCGACAGCCGCUCCAACCGCGCCGACAGCGGCAUCGUGCCUCGCUUCUUCCAACACCUCUUCUCCCAAAUCCAAGGCAAGCAAGAGACUUCACCCGAGAAGCAAACAAGUUACCAAUGCCGCUGCUCCUUCCUAGAGGUAUUUAAUGAGCAGAUCAAUGACCUGCUGGAUCCAUCUCAGCGUAACCUUCAGAUAAGAGAAACGACUGGCAAUGGUAUCCAUGUUGAGAACUUGACUGACGAGUAUGUAUCAACGGUUGAAGACGUAAAUCAGAUCCUGAUGAAGGGCCUAUCAAAGAGAAAAAUUGGCACUGACAGUAUGAACUUAAAAAAUUCACGUUCGCACGUGAUAUUUACAUGCGUGGUUGAAGCUUGGAGUAAGGAUUUCUCGUCAAAUGGCUUCAGUAGUUCAAAAACUAGCAAAAUUACCUUUGUUGAUCUUGCUGGUCUUGAUAUUGAUGAACUUGAGGGUAAUGGCAAGCAGUUUACACGAGAAGAAAGACACGUUAAGAAGUCGCUCUCAACCCUUGGAAAACUAGUCAAUAUUCUUUCAGAAGAGCCAAAGCCUCAGCAAGAUGACUUGCCCUACAGGCAGUCCCGUUUGACACAUGUGCUGAAAGAUACACUAGGUGGAAAUUCAAGGGUUACAUUUUUAUGUUCUAUUUCUUCAGAGCAUAGAUACAGAUCUGACACCUUAAGCACCCUAAGGUUUGGUGAGCGAGCAAAACUUAUGCCAAACAAGGCUGUGAUAAAUGAGAUAUCAGAAGAUGAUGUUAAUGGAUUGAGUGAUCAGAUCCGUCAGUUGAAGGAUGAACUAGUAAGAACCAAGUCUGGACAGGACACAACUUGUGAGACUGGAUACUUCAAUGCACAAAAUGCUCGUGCAAGCUUGCACAGUCUACGAGUGAGCCUCAACCGCUCUCUAAUCUUGCCUCAUAUAGAGGUUGAAUCAGAAGAUGAAAUGGAUGUGGAUGAAGAUGAUGUACAUGAACUGCGUGAUCAAAUUAGCAAGCUUCAUUCUUCAUCUGAAGACACUCUUGAUGACUUUCUGGACGCCGAGAGUGGAGAGGACAGUCCUUGCUCCAAGGGAAAUCCAAAAACAUGUGAACAUGAUGAUCAGGUUAUCAUGGAUGAUAGAGAAGGUGCACUUCAGGAAGAGGUUCAAAAGGUGUACAGCAAUACAGAUGCUGAUCAAGAGCAGGUGUCUGACAUGAAAUCUAGUCUAUCAAUUUGUGCUUCCCCACAGUUAGGGCCAAUGCAAGAUCCAACGUUCUGCUCCUCUCCAAAGAUUCACAAGGCAAGAAAGAGCAUUACAUCACCAGGGUUCUCUCCCAGCAAGCUCAGUGAAUCCAGCCCAGGAGAUCUGACUGUUGAAAUGUCUAGGAAGAGUGCAGUGCGUUCAUCCUUACAGUCGAGCAAGCUUAGUCCCACCGACUCGCUGGCUGCAAGCCUCCAGCGGGGCCUCCACAUUAUCGAGUACCAUCAACAGAAUCCAUCCCCACGAAAAUCAUUUGUGGGCCUAUCAUUUGAUCAUUUUGCACUGAACCCCCGUCAGUCGGCAAAAGCAAGUUCAGCUCUUCAUUCGUUACCUGAGGAGCAUGUCGGUUCAGUUUCCACUAUCUGUUCAUCCUGCAAGAAAGCAUUGGGUACAAAUGACGACCAUUCAGAAGACAUAAACUCAGGGAAGCAGAUUGUAAUGGCCACUGGCAUCACAUCUAAUGACUUAGCCAAUGCUUCACGCCAGGAUGGUACCGUCUCUUUGACUACUGGUUCAAAGAGAGAGGCUGAGCUUGAAGCUUUAUGUGAAGAACAGGCAGCAAAGAUAAAGGAGCUGACCAUUUUGAUUGAGCAACAUAAAGGAGCAGAAGAUGGUCAACAAUCAGAUCGCCAACAAUCACUAACUGAUGAAGAUCAGGUUGGUGAACUGUGUGAAGAUAGCAAGGUGUCACUCAAUGUGAAUGAGAGGGAAGCACUUCUUGAUGAAAUCCAGAAUUUGAAGGAUCAAGUAAAACAUCUCAUAGAUGGAUCUACAAAUGAUAGCCUUCUAGACCAGAUAAGGAAUGGCAGCACGGAUCAGGAAUAUGAGCUGGAUAAAGAAAGGCAGAAAUGGAUGGAGUCCGAGAGCAAAUGGAUAUCCCUCACUGAGGAGCUGAGGGUUGACCUAGAAUCCAACCGGAUUCACGCGGAGAAGACAAAGAUGGAGCUCUGUAAUGAGAAGAAGUGCACUGAAGAGCUGGAUGACGCCCUCCAACGAGCCAUCUAUGGUCAUGCCAGGAUAAUUGAACAUUAUGUUGAGCUCCAGGAGAUGUACAAUGAUCUUCUUGAGAGGCACCGUCGAGUGAUGGAAGGGAUCUCAGAGGUGAAGAGGGCAGCUGCCAAAGCAGGCAGGAAGGGCUGCGGGACCGCUUUCGCUGCUGCCCUCGCUGCAGAGCUUUCCACCGUGAGGAUUGACCGAGAGAAGGAGAGGGCACAACUGAAAGAACAGAACAGGAGGCUCCGCAUUCAGCUCCGCGACACUGCUGAGGCAGUGCAUGCAGCUGGAGAGCUACUAGUGAGAUUGAGAGAAGCAGAGGAGGCAUCAACACAACAAAAGGAGAAGAGUGCGGCCAUGCUGCAGGAGAACCAGAAGCUCAAGAAGCAGCUGGAAAAGAUGAGGAAGAAGCACGAAAUGGAGGUGGAGACGAUGAAGCACUACCUUGCAGAGAGCAAGCUACCGGAGUCAGCACUGGAGGGAUUCUACCGCCAGGAGAGCAACGCCGGCGCACCAGAGUACAGCCAUGCUCAGUCCACCUGCGACGAUGAUCAGUCUUGGCGGGCUGCUUUUACAACUGAAUUCGAAUGA